AUGGCCACAUACAUGUCUUGUUCUAAUAGUAGUAUUAAGUUGAUGCUACUUCUCCUUGUGUCCAUGAUGAUCAUAGAAGUUUCUAUGGCUGGUGGUGAAGGUUCGUUGACAAAAGAUGAAUGUCCAGCAGCAUGUGAUUUCAGGUGCUCAGCGACUCAUCAUAGGAAGCCGUGUCUGCAAUACUGUAAUGAGUGUUGUGCAAAAUGUUUGUGCGUACCAUCAGGCACUUAUGGGCAUAAAGAGGAAUGUCAAUGCUAUAAUAACUGGAAAACAAAGGAAGGAAAGCCUAAAUGUCCUUGAUUUAUAUUUUUCUGUUACAUUUUUUGUAAUCUGCUUAGUAUUGU